GGAACCCGGACCCGAAACCCGAACACGGACUAACACCCAGAACCUGAACAGAUUAAAGCUGGCAUUUACAUUCUUAUGUCGACGAACCACUUUCAUUUUUGUCGGGUUUCAUAUUAACUUAGCAAAUAUAGUAAUGCACCUUCGUGCUUUUAAAAUGUUUUUCUGUUUGUUUAUUUAAUGUCAGUUGUCCAGUGCAGCUCCCUAACUCCACCUGAAGACGGCAGUGUCACACCAAGUCAGUGCCUCAACAACCCUCCAUUUGGAACUCUUUGUCAAUAUACUUGUCAGAGAGGAUACCGAGUCAUCGGGUCACAAAUACGGGUUUGCUCUUCUUCUGGCAAAUGGUCGUCCAAUGCGCUCGUUGUUUGCAAAGAUAUUGAGAAACCUGCGUUUACGCUUUGUCCUGGAAACUUUGAGGAAUAUGCUGACAGUGCAGUGGACUACACCACAAUAAAACUGCCUACUAUCAAUGCUACAGACAAUUCAGGUCAACAGCCUCUUGUUAGCUGUAGUGGAAUACGAGACAAGUACUACAUCGGAGAACACGUGGUAAGAUGCAUUGCUAAGGAUGGAGCGGGAAACGAAGACACAUGUAAAUUUUCAAUUCAAGUGAGAUUUAUCUACUGUUGGCCUCCUUUUCCACCUCGAAAUGGCUUCAUUAUCGGUAACUGCAACAACACACUUGGUUCCGUGUGCAGCUUUGGAUGCAAAGAAGGGUACAUUUUACAGAAUGGAGUUACGAAGCGCACGUGUGUGCUUAAGGCGCCCGAUCAAAUACUAGGACACUGGGACGGAACUGAACCAUCUUGUAGAAUUCAAAGAUGCAGUGUUCUUUCGGCUCCCGAGCAUGGCUGGAUCUCGCCCUGGUUUUGUUCUACUGAAAGGCCUGUUCAAGGAUCAUCUUGCAAAGUGGGUUGCCACGUUGGAUUUAGAGUGGUCAGUGGCGUGGAUCAAUUUUUCUGUGGAUCAAAUGGACAAUGGAGUAACGACACAAGCAAAAUUCUGCAGUGUGAAGACGUUACUCCUCCGUCUUUUGAGAACUCCUGUCCUUCUGACAUUCUUGUUUCAUUAAAUAUCGAUGGCAUUGCAGAGGCAAAUUGGACAAUUCCAAUAGCCACAGAUAACAGUGACAAUGCACCAGCCGUUACUGUCAGCCCCAUCGGCGUUCGUCCACCAUAUAAGUUCAAUGAAACAGCGGUUGUAACGUACACUGCUUUUGACUCAAAUAGUAAUGUCGCUUCGUGCACCUUUCGCAUCAGAGUUGAAGGUAAGACGGUUUAUGCCUAUUCAGUUUCGUAUAAAUUAAUGUAAUGCGAACCUAUCUGUAAGAGCCUAUCAAUAAAGUAAUGC